CGGCGACGCCGAGCGGGGUCUCUCGAGCGGGCUCCUGGGAGCGGCCGCGGCCCGGCCCCGGCAUGGUGCCCGCGCGGCCCCGCGUGAAGAGCGAGUACAUGAAGCGCUUCAAGGAGCCCAAGUGGGAGUCGUGCGGCCCCUGCUACCAGGAGCUGCUGCACUACCGCCUCAGCCGCCGCCUGCUGGAGCAGGCGCACCGGCCCUGGCUCUGGGACGGCUGGGAGCCCGGCAGCAGCGGCAGCAGCGCCGGCUCCCCCUCGCCCCCCAGCGCCAGCCCCCCGGCCGCGCAGCAGCAGGAGGCGGCAGCGCCAAGCGCGCCCGGUCCCGGCGGCAGCAGCCGCGUUGGGGAGUUGGGAGCAGCGGGGAAGGCGAGCCCGGCGGAGCCCCUGCGCGCAGCGGAGAAAGAAACAGAGGGAGACAGCCAAGAAAAAGUUGCAGAACAGACAUUGGUAAAAGAAACUGACAAAUCAACCAGCCAUACAGGACAACAUCCAAAUCGAAGUGCCUUGUCCAGUCGGAAUGCUCGAAGAUCAGCUAAAAGCCCUCAAAGGACAGAUGCAGCAAAGGAGCAUAAACAUCCAUUUGCUUUAUAUGGCUGGGGAGAAAAACAUACAGAUACAGGGAGCCAGAAAACUCACAACGUUUGUGCUUCUGCUUCAGUGCAUGAAAUUCAUGAGUCUGCACUACGAGCAAAGAACAGAAGGCAAGUGGAGAAAAGGAAGUUGUCUCAAAAGCGAGUGCGCUCUGCAGAUGUGGAUCGAACCUGGAGAGUAAAGCCUUCCCUGCCAGAUAAUCCCUGGAUGACUGAGUACAUGAGAUGCUACUCAGCAAGAGCUCGGUGAAUCAAAACUUGCUUGGACAUCUUUCUAAAUUAAAAAAUAUUUAUAUUCGAUCAGGACAUUGGUGCAAACUACUUAUGCAAGGUUUUUAUAGGGGGUUUCCAGCAGUCUGCUAUUGUUUGUAUUUUGGCUACCUACCUCAUCAGUAGAGCGUAGAGCUGGAGCCAUAACAUUUGAAGAUGUUUUUAAAUAUAGUUCCUUAAAUUUUUAAAUAUUUCUCCUUUUCUGAAGUCUUUUUACGAGGCAUUUCAAUGGACCUUUUGAGACUAUGAUUUCAAAAUACUGAAAGUCUAAGUAAAUUUUUCAAAAUCUUUUUUAGAAUUGGUUCAUUUCACAAACUUUCAA